CCAAAGACAGUUGGGCGGCCUUAUUUCAACUUCACCGCCAUGGAUUUUUCUUCUUUUAAUCUGUUUUCUUCUCUCUGCAACUCCCUCACCGUCAACCUAUGAACUCGGGAUCCGAUGGCCAUGCUUCAAUUUCUCGUAUCAGGCGUUGAACCUUUUCCUUUUUGGUGAAUUUGAUUGCUGUUGUUCUUUUCUUCUACGCGUUUACUUUCCUGGAUUUUUGGGUUUUUGUUCUUCGGGUUCCUGGGAUCAGAAGAAGCUGAGUUCCUGAUGCGGUAGUGUUGUAGCUGUUGAAGAUGAGAACGCUUCCCCUGAGCCCCACUGAACCUAGAUAUCGAUUGUUUUCUUCUACUAACAGUGAAGAAACAAGCAAGAGAAGGUUCCAAAGAAUUAAAGAUUUCAAAGUUGUUGAGAGGGCCCUCCAUAUUCCUUUUCGUGAUAGGGUUUUGAACUGCAAACCUUCGUUAAAACUCGUGCUGGUUAUUAUUGUAUUAGGAACGAUAGUGACUCUCUUCCAUUCACCUGCAGUUCAUGUUUCAGAUCAUCCAUUAAAAGGAUCUAGCAGAUGGACAGGUAGAGAUGCUCGUUAUAUAUCCUUGUCGGAAGUCAACUGGGAUGAGAUUUCUGAUGUUGUCGAGUCACUGACUGACCGGGACAAGUAUCAGGGAAUUGGUUUGCUCAACUUUAAUGAUAGUGAGGUUGACCACUGGAAAGAACUCUUUCUGGAAGCAGAGCAUGUUGUUCUUCGUCUAGAACAUGCAGCCAACAAUUUAACAUGGGAAGCCCUAUACCCCGAAUGGAUUGAUGAGGAAGAAGAGUUUGAGGUCCCCUCUUGUCCUUCUUUACCACAGCUUCAGAUUCCUACAAAACCCCGUAUAGAUCUUGUAGCCGUGAAGCUGCCAUGUGACAAAUCAGGUCGGUGGACAAGAGAUGUGGCUCGGUUGCACUUGCAACUUGAAGCAGCUAGGGUUGCUGCAUCUGCUAAAGGAAAUCGUUACGUACAUGUACUGUUGGUGACCGAAUGCUUUCCUUUCCCAAAUCUCUUUCGAUGCAAAGAACUUAUCACACAUGAAGGGAAUGUAUGGCUUUAUAGACCUAGCUUGAAUAUCUUGAGGGACAAACUACGGCUCCCCAUUGGGUCAUGUGAACUUUCAGUUCCUCUAAAGGCUAAAGAAUACUUUUAUUCGGAACGAGCAAACAGAGAAGCAUAUGCAACAAUUUUGCACUCUGCACAUGUAUACGUCUGUGGAGCUAUUGCAGCUGCUCAAAGUAUCCGCAUGACUGGUUCGACACGAGAUCUUGUAAUACUUGUUGAUGAAACAAUUGGUGAGUACCACAGAGGAGGCCUGGAGGCAGCUGGUUGGAAGGUCCAUACCAUCCAAAGAAUCAGGAACCCAAAAGCUGAACGAGAUGCGUACAACGAAUGGAACUACAGCAAAUUUCGUCUUUGGCAGUUGACAAGCUAUGAUAAGAUAAUUUUUAUAGAUGCUGACAUGCUCAUUCUUAGAAAUAUUGAUUUUCUCUUUGAGAUGCCUGAGAUAACUGCAACAGGGAACAAUGCAACAUUAUUCAACUCGGGAGUUAUGGUGAUCGAACCAUCAAAUUGCACUUUUCAGUUGCUAAUGGAUCACAUCAAUGAGAUAGAGUCUUAUAACGGUGGUGAUCAGGGGUAUCUAAAUGAAAUCUUCACAUGGUGGCAUCGCAUACCGAAGCACAUGAACUUCUUGAAGCACUUCUGGGAAGGCGACGAGGAAGAGAAGAAGGAGAUGAAGACUCGGCUUUUCGGAGCUGACCCUCCAAUCCUCUAUGUCCUCCAUUAUUUAGGUAACAAACCAUGGAUUUGCUUCCGGGACUACGAUUGCAAUUGGAAUGUAGACCUUCUACAGGAGUUUGCUAGCAAUGUUGCACAUAAGAGAUGGUGGAAGGUGCACGACGCCAUGCCCGAAAACCUGCAGAAAUUCUGUUUGCUUCGAUCCAAGCAGAAGGCGCAAUUGGAGUGGGACCGAAGGCAGGCGGAGAAAGGUAACUUCACCAAUGGUCACUGGAAAAUAAAGAUCAAAGACCCUCGUUUGAAUACAUGCUUCGAAGAUUUUUGCUUCUGGGAGAGUAUGUUGUGGCAUUGGGGUGAAACAAACUGGACAGACAAUUCUACUGUCACUCCAUCUCCAAGUAUCACUACUUCAGUUUCCCUCUCAUCUCUGUAAACUUUUUGUUUUUGUUUUACUUUUGCAUUUAUAUUAUAUACCUAUGACAGUAGAUAGAAGUGAAAUUUACAUAUAGAGAAAGUGCUCCUUGUUCUUGUUGCUGAAAUUCACCGUUCUAGUUUUGCCUCGAUGGCUUUCUUGGGAAACUGUAACUCAGAGAAAUGUAAGGAACUGUUCCAAGUGUUGUUUUCAUCUCAGAAACAAUUUGCUCCUGUUUCCUUGA